CCGGUUGGUUUAUUGUCUAGUGGGUCAGACAGGAGCUUCUACACUGUGGACCAGUUUGUGGUUUUGGGUUACAUUCAUGGAGACUUUGUACUUUUGGGUUAAUCUCCUUGCUGGACUCUUGUUGUCUGGAAUCUGCAUGAGGUCAUCUUUUGCUUUUCCACCUGAACAUUACACGCAACAUGCUUUACCUCAAAGGCCUCAGGUGGCCAAACACACUCCAGCUGAGGGAAGAGAGCAGGUGAAUACUAUCAGCGUGACCUGCCACCCAGACUCGCUGGAGAUUAUUAUCAAAGCCGACAUGUUUGGAGUCGGAGCUCCUGUUAAUGGUGAUGACCUGCGGCUUGGAGUGGAACACAGCGACUUCUGCAGAGCUACAGCGUCUUCAGACGAUGAGUACAGAAUCCUUGUCGGAUUAGGGGACUGCAGCACCAAACACUGGAUGACUGAAGACUCUCUGGUCUACACAAACCUCCUCAUAUACUCCCCUUCGCCCUCUGCGGAUGGGCUGAUCCGAAUGGAUGAGGCCGUUAUUCCGAUUGAGUGUCAUUAUGAAAGGAAGUACACUUUAUCCAGUUCUUCGAUCAUGCCUACCUGGAUCCCCUUCAUGUCUACCCAAGCUGCAGUAGAAACUUUGGAGUUUGGCUUGAGAGUUAUGACAGAUGACUGGCUUUAUGAAAGAAGCUCCAACGUGUUUUACCUUGGCGAGCCCAUCGGCAUUGAAGCCUCCGUCAGGGUUGGACAUCACAUGGGGCUCAGAGUGUUUGUGAGCAGCUGUGUGGCUACACUCUACCCAGACAUAUACUCUGUACCCAGAUACGUCUUCAUUGAAGAUGGAUGCCUGGUUGACUCCCAGCUCCCAGGUUCAAAUUCCCACUUCUUACCCAGGACACAAGAUGACAAGCUCCACUUGGUCAUUGAUGCCUUUAGGUUUCACGAGGAGGACAAAGGGGAGCUCUACAUCACGUGCCACCUGAAUGCUGUACCAGUAAAUGAUGCGCAGGCACCAAAAAAGGCGUGCACUUUUGUAAAUGGAAAAUGGAGGUCAGCUGACGGUAAUGACUACUUAUGUAGCCAUUGUCAAAUCCAAAAUGAAGUUGGCCACACCCACGGUAAGCCCAGUAGCCCAGCCAAGUUUGGUCCUCGUGGGUUUGAGAAGCCAGCUGAACCCGAGACCUUCUGGAGAAGUGGACUGAAGUCCAAUAUGGUGUGGGAACAGGAGACAAGAGUGGGUCCAAUGCUGGUCUUGCCAACCAUGCGGAAAAAUGGGCCUCUCCCUGUGGAAGAGCUUCCUCCCGUUCUCAGCAAAAUCAGCAGACCUGCUCUGUAUGGCAGCCAGUGGAGGAGUGGAAUAAAUCACAGAGUUGAUGUGGAGAAGGGAUUACUUCCUGGUCUACCAUCUACUCCAGACCAGGUGGAGGUUCAAACGUCUGAAGAUAAUAAAGAUUUGGAAACUGUAAAAGAUCUAAAAGAUGGAGAUGCAGACAGUGAAGAUGCUGCAGCUCCAGUGGUCACCUUGAAGCCAAAGGUGGCAGCGCUGGACAAUAACAGCACAACUGGACUCGAUGAUGACAGCCCCACUGAUCGGUUUACAGGGGAUGUGAUGGCUCUGUCAAAUGCAACUGCUUCUGACUCUGUCCUUCCAGAUACAAAUGAACCAAAGAAAAAAUAAACAAUUCAAACU